GAACUCAAGACAUUCCAUAAAGAAACUUCAAAGUGCAGACUUCCUGGGGGCAGCACCCGGGCAGUAGCUCUGAGCCUGGGAGGAGGUGUGGAUGCAACGGAGGCUGCAAGAAUUCAGUCGACAAGAGAGACACAGGCUGUGAAGGGCGAGCCCAGGGGCUGGCUGAGAUGGUGUGCUCUGGAAGUUAACCUGGAUGUCAUCACUGGAGUUGAGUCUUCCAAAUUUUCAGACCUCCUUCUACACAAGCAGCCUGAAAUUCAUCCCUUAUUCCACUGCCUCACCUUCCAAAUUUUAUCCAUCAUUCAAAGCAGUUGA